AUGCUACUCGCAACGGCUCAGGUGAUCCUCCAAAGCGAGUCAGGGCAUUCGAUUCGAGUAAGGGCCCUACUGGAUUCCGAGUCCGAGGCCACCUUCGUGACGGAGCGGGCGGCUCAGGAACUGCGCGCAAGGCGCAAACGCGUAGACGUCUCCGUUGCAGGUUUACAGGGCACAAAGACGGGGACCGCUACGACUUCAGUCAGAGUGACAGUCUGCUCCCCGAUCAAUUCGGCCUUCCGACUUGAGACCGAGGCUCUUGUGCUUCGGAACCUGACCAACAUGCUACCAGCGCGGAGCGUGACAUCGUCGGGGUGGCCGCACCUUAAAGGGCUGCAACUGGCCGACGAGCAAUUCGACGUCCCGGCCAAGGUCGACGUUAUUCUGAGUGCGGAUGUCUAUGGCCGGGCACUGGAACCUGCGAUAUGCCGAGGGCCUGCUGGCUCACCUACGGCCCAGCUCACUGCCUUUGGUUGCGUGCUGACGGGAGCUCUUGCUUCGGAUGGCGACGCGACCACUUCUUAUCGCAUCGCAGUGCACCACAUGCAAGCGGGGGAGGGGCUCUCGGAUGCCAUUCAACGUUUUUGGGAGAUGGAGGAGGUCCAUCUCCCGCGGGUCCUGUCCUCUGACGAAGCCUGGGUGGAGGAACAUUUCCGGGACACGCACUCGCGAGACAACUCGGGUCGAUAUGUUGUCCGUCUCCCGCGGAAACAAGGAGAAGACGCCUCCUUUGGCGCUUCGCGAAGAGCUGCUCUUGUUGCAGAGCAAAACUAUGUUGCAGAGUUCAGAACGCCGUCUCGAGAAACAGCCGGAGCUACGUAG